UGAGCUACUCUUCAACAUACUAAUAAAUGGAAAGAUGAUAGUAACACAAACCUUAACAUGAUAUUCUAACAAAAAGACUAAAUGAUUAAAAAUAUGAGGAAACCUACUUUCAUUGUUAAAAGGUCAUUAAAGAUUUUAUGUUUACUUACUGGAUUUGCUGUUAUGACUUGGUCGUUCUCAUUUACAAAAUACUCAGGAAGUCAACUUGUCAAUUUGAAUGUUUUACCAGCAAGGUUAAAAGAAUACAUGUAUUUCAUGGGUAGAAGACUAAAAGGGGCAUAUUUGUCGUCACUGAACAUAGCAGAUAAUCACGAUAUUCCAAUUAUUUUCAUAAUCACACCCACAUAUUACAGACUUGUUCAAAAAGCCGAACUUACCCGUAUGGCAAAUACUCUUCGACUGGUCAAACAAUUACACUGGAUUAUUGUAGAAGAUUUUGAAGUUAUCAACUUAAAAACGCAAGAAUUUUUUCAAUCAACUGGUGUAUCAUUUACCUAUUUUGCUCAGAGCAAAAGAAACGAGACAAAUAAUCACCAAUCAAAAGGUACUGAUCAGAGAAAUGCUGCUUUAGAUUGGAUUAUGGUCAAUCACAAUCCAAGUAUGCCGGCUGUGAUAUAUUUUGCUGAUGACGACAAUGCGUAUAGCCUCGAAAUAUUUGAGCAGAUGCGAUACACCAAAAAAUUAUCAAUGUGGCCGGUAGGGUUAUCAGGAGGAAGGACGUAUGAAACACCUAUUCUUAAAGAUGGAAAAGUGAUUAAAUUUUUAGCUUGGAAAGCUGAGAAAAGAAAAUUUCCAAUUGACAUGGCUGGAUUUGCUUUAAAUGCAAACGUGUUAUGGACAUACAAACCAAUGAGAUUCAGUACGGAUGCAGAUCCAGGAAUGCUUGAGACAAAACUAUUAGAAAGAUGCUGUACGUGGGAAGAAAUUGAACCACUUGCUGAAAAUUGUACUAAGAUUAUGGUAUGGCAUACCAGAACGGAGAAGCCAAAAGUCCGCAUGUUCGACAACGUCUUAGAAGUAUGAUGAUGAUCAAAGUAAAAAGCA